CAAUACUAUCAACAUUCUGCAUCUAUUACACCCCAUUACACUAUACCAGUCCUGGAAUUAUGCUCUUAUAGAGGAAUAUGCGAUUAGCUUUAUGCCAGAUAGAAUGGGACCAGUCUUUCAAAAUAUUUCACUUUUGGUUCACUCCUCCACAGAACGUUUUCUUAAAAGGUUUAAUGUCAUCAAGGUGUUUCUUUGUCCAAUGUCAGAUAAUACUUUAGUUUCCUCUCAAGUUUGGUUCUGUGUAGUUAAAUUUGAACCAAUUGUCAACUACAUGUAAUAAUUGAUUGGCUGUUUUAUUACCUAAGGUGGCAAUUAGUUUUUCACACAUCACCACUUAGGUUUGAAAGACUGUAUUUUGUGUUUACUCAGGUUGUAUUUAUAUUAUAUUAACUUUUAUUUGAAAUAUAAAACCAUUAUGUAUGGCAAAUAUGCAAAAAAAAAAAUGCAGUUUUAAAAUACUUUCCAUUAAUUGAAGGAAACAGUCCAACCCAAUAUCAAAUGGUUCUGGGUGAAAAAGUAAUGUCAAUUAAAUAGAUAGAAAGACACUUUAAUAUCCCAAUGGGAAAUUGUAAUGUUACAGAAGCCAAUUCACAGGUGUACAACAAAGUACAAGCAACAAGGUGUGGAGGGAUAUUACGGCUGAGUUUAAAAUUAAUUAAUCACAACUUAUAAAAUUAUAGUAAGAACACACAAUGAUUAUAAGGAUUGCUGUGAAGUGAUUUGCUUUUAAAUCAAAUAGAGGAUUAUAUAAAGUACCCUGUGGUAUGUUAAUGCACAUACUAUUGUAAUCACCCACGCGCCCGACAGGGGGAGCAGUUGGAGGCAGUGUGAUGUGAUGUGAGACACGAGAAGACCAGACGUGUUUACCGAAUACAAACGUGUUUCUACGAAAUAAAAUAAUUCCCGUCUAACUGGAUAAAAUUAACAGUUUACACUAGCAUUCAAUGUUUAUGAAUUUCAUCAAUGCUGGACAUGUGAUGCCUACCAAACGACUAUACAACCUCUAUGUCAUAUGCUUGACAUUGCUAAAUCUAAUUUUGGUUAUUCACUGCAAAGCAUGUAACAAUACCGAGUAUGAAGUUGGUGGAGAAUGCUGUUCAAUGUGCAAUUCUGGUCACCAUGUGUCCAAACACUGCCACGGUAAUUCAGAGACAGUUUGUAAUCCGUGUCCUAACUCAACUUACACUGAUGUCCCGAAUGGCUUGAUGGCAUGUCUGAUCUGCACUGUAUGUGAUGAAGGUCAUGGAUUAAUGGUUAAGAGUAACUGUAUAAGUGUUUCAGAUGCAGUCUGUGAGCCUUUGCCACAACAUUAUUGUUUAGAAAAUCAUGGUAAGGGCUGCAGAAAUGCCAGAGAGCACUCCACCUGCCUUCCUGGACAAUACAUCAAACAGACUGGAACAGCUUUAGAGGAUACUGUAUGUAAAGACUGCUCUGAUGAGACAUACUCUGAUGGUUCUUUAAUGCAGUGUAAACCACAUAAAAAUUGUGAGUCUUUGGGGCAGAUGACAGUCACACAGGGAACACGGUCAAGUGAUGCAAUGUGCGGCCAAGAAUCGUCUCAUUUGGGCCUCAUUGUUGGGAUUUUGUUGUCAGCGUUAUUGGUGAUUGUCAUUGCAAUUGUCAUUUUGUUGAAGAAAAAGAAAAAGUUUACCAUAUAGAAAUAAUUUUGAAGGAGAAGAAACAUUUUAUAUACAUUAUAUUUGUUUAUUGUAUUUCUACAUUUCAUGUGUGGUGUCAGGUUUGCAUCUGUACACCACCAAUAUAAACUUUAAAUGAAGGAAAAUAAAAUAUAGAGUUUAACAUAUUAUUAAAGAUUAUAACAAAAAUGUUGCAUUAAAACUUUUGGGAAUUACAUACUCAAAAGUUAUUGAAUGAUUAUUACAGUUUAUUAUCCGAUUGUGGUUUCCUCAUUGUUUUAUGACCAAUUAAUGCAAUCAUAUAUCUGGUGUUCAUUCCAAGUGUAAGCUGUUUAGAGAAGACAAUACAUGAAUGUACAGUGUGUGUGUAUAUAUAUACACACACACACACUAUAUACUUUUACAUUUGCAAUUUUGAUUGUACACAAGAAGCUCUUUUUUCACUAUGUGUUUUAAUAAAACUGUUUGUUUGUGUGAGCUGAAGUUAUAUCAGAAUAAAAGUUCACUUAUACCAUAAAGAGAUAUAAUGUUGGACUUUGCACACAAUUGAAAGUGUGUGGACAGCUUUGUUUGUAAGAUGAUAUUGUUCCGAAUAUAUUCUAAACAUUU